AUGGUGAGGAUGUUGUUGAUUACUACGAUGAUGUUGAUUUUCGAACUUCGAAUCGUCAAACUCAGCGCAAUGGAGUUAUUAUUCGAGGGAGAUUCCAAUUUGCAGCCAAUCUGGGACUCUGACGGCGUUGGAAUAAGCGAAUUACAAGGUGAACCUGUCAAUUUGCAGAAAGAUGAGGCACUGGAGGAAUUCAAGGAGACACUAGGCAUCCGAGGAAAUUUCAAGAAAGAUAGCUACAAAGGUACGCCUCCUCAAUUUAUGACAGAGCUCUACAAUACAAUCACGGACUCUGCAGGCCAAACUCACAGUUCUUCUGUAGGUUAUUUUAUUUUUAACGUAUCUGGAUUGGAUCAAAAUGAGUUUGUACUCGAGGCUGAAUUACAUUUAUAUCGGCAACGUUCAUCUCCUAAAUCAAUGCCUCUCUCAAUUAAAGUUUAUCAAGUUUUACAAGAUAAAAGUUUGGGAGUACCUGAUCUUCACAGGCUACUGAAUGUUCAUUAUGUUGGUGCUUAUGCUUCAGGUUGGCAAGUAUUUAAUGUAAAGCAAGCGGUACUUUCUUGGUUGUCGGGAAUACCAAAUCUUGGCCUUCUUGUGAGCGCAACAACGAUCUUUGGUGAUCGGGUUUCCAUUAACUUUUCAUCUCGUCAUGAUUUACCUCAUGAAAAGCAGCCCAUUCUUGUACUUUUUAAUGACGAUAGUGUACAAGUAUAUCCAAAACAAAUUGUGAACCACGAAAAGGAAGAUAAAGUUGACAAUAAACAAAGAGCAAUCACGGAUUUAGAAGAUGUC